GCGAGAUUUCCCAACAUGGCGCCGGCGGGCAGCGCGAACCUGCCGUGGGUGGAGAAGUACCGUCCGCAGGCGCUGUCCGAGCUGGUGUCUCACCGGGACAUCCUCAGCACUGUGCAGCGCUUCAUCAGCGAGGACCGGCUCCCCCAUCUGCUCCUCUAUGGGCCGCCCGGUACCGGGAAGACCUCCACCAUCCUGGCCUGCGCCAGGCAGCUGUACCGGGAGCGGGAGUUCGGCUCCAUGGUGCUGGAGCUCAAUGCCUCUGAUGACCGGGGCAUCGACAUCGUCCGAGGGCCCAUCCUGAGCUUCGCCAGCACCAGGACCAUCUUUAAGAAAGGCUUCAAGCUUGUCAUCCUGGAUGAGGCCGAUGCCAUGACCCAGGACGCUCAGAACGCCCUGAGGAGAGUGAUCGAGAAGUUCACAGAAAACACCCGGUUUUGCCUCAUCUGCAACUACCUCUCCAAGAUCAUUCCCGCCCUGCAAUCCCGCUGCACGCGCUUCCGCUUCGGCCCGCUGACCCCGGAGCUGAUGGUGCCGCGGCUGCAGCACGUCAUCCAGGAGGAGGGGGUGGAUGUGACCGAGGAUGGGAUGAAGGCUCUGGUGACCCUCUCGAGCGGGGACAUGCGCAGGGCCCUCAAUAUCUUGCAGAGCACUUCCAUGGCCUUUGGGAAGGUGACGGAGGAGAACGUUUACACCUGCACGGGACAUCCCCUCAAGUCUGACAUCGCCAACAUCCUCGACUGGAUGCUGAACCAGGAUUUCUCCACCGCCUACCGCAGAAUCAUGGAGCUGAAGACACUAAAGGGCCUGGCCCUGCAGGACAUCCUCACUGAGAUCCAUCUCUUCGUGCACAGAGUCGACUUCCCCCCCUCCAUCCGCAUCCAGCUGCUGAUCAAGCUGGCAGACAUCGAGUACCGCCUGGCUGCUGGCACCAGCGAGAAGAUCCAGCUGAGCUCCCUCAUUGCCGCCUUCCAGGUCACCAGGGACCUGGUGGUGGCCGAAGCCUGAGUCCUGCCGGGUGGAUGUGCUGCUGGAUUUGGGAAGGACCGUCAGCCCCAUGCCUGGAGCUGCUCCCUGCAGCUUCCCAGUUCCUUUCUGGAAGCCUUGAGUGCAGUCAGGGUAGAAAGGUUGUUAAAAGGCAGCGUUAUUCCCAAGCUCCAUGGGAAAAUACAGGUGGCUCCAAAGCCCA